GCGGGAGAGCGGACCGUAUUUGUGUGUUUUUUUAAAUACUAAUACGUAUUAUUUCUUAUUAUUAUGUAUAAACCUAUUAUUCUGUAUUUCUCAUUGUUAUAUUGUAGAUAAAGAGCAUAGAUCUGUCUCCAAACAGAGUGGCGCUAUGCUUAGAUUAUGAAUUGCCACAAACAUUAUAUAUUUUUAUUAUUAUAUUCAGCUUGCCCUGUCCUGUGAAGACUCAGCAGAUCAGGCAUAAAAUCUAGACUUUGUCAGCUGGAUGCCAAUUUUAGGUUUCAAGUUACGGCUAUUUACAGUCACAUAAGGUUAAAGACAGCAAUGAUUGACGGGUGUGUAGGCGUGGUCAGUCAGCUGCAUGUGUCCACUUCACGUUUUCGUGCAUCCCAUUUCGAGUGCUCGUGCUCGGACGGUAGUGGCGAGGAUGAAGAAACCCCGAGGAUAAUCUCAGCCAAAACUAUUAUCCUUAUAAAGUGAGCAGCAAGAUUACUGCUGACAAACAUGUGGGCAUUGGGACCAGACUAAAAUCUUGAACCAAUUCUUCCAGCUCAUGCUGGGCUACAGAAUGUGUAUCUACUGUCAUGUGAAUUAAAUGCAUCAUUAGUUAAUAUGUGAUUAUAAUGGACAGUAUAAUCUUAAAGUUCCUUCAAGACACACAUUCAAGGAUAUAGGCACACCUACAAGUGCAAAAUGCUGCAGUUGUGCACAGUUACAGACUGUCUGCUGAUCAGUAAUGCACGGUCAGCCUGUAAUGAUGAACUAAUCCAGAAGGAGGCGGUCACCCUCUGUAUUAACGUGUCUAAGCAGCAACCCUUUCCCUCCAUACGGGUCAGCACUUUGCGCGUGCCGGUCUAUGAUGACCCUAAUGAAGACCUGUAUAAAUAUUUUGACCGCUGUGCUGAUGCCAUAGCGAGUGAGGCAGAGCGGGGUGGCCGCACCAUUGUGUACUGCAAGAAUGGACGCAGUCGUUCUGCUACUGUCUGUGUUGCAUACUUAAUGAAGCACCAGGGACUUACUCUAACAGAUGCCUUUCAGAUUGUGAAAAGUGUCCGACCAGUAGUGGAACCUAACCCAGGAUUUUGGACUCAACUGGAACAAUAUGAACAGGAGCUGAAGAUCAGGAGGUCAGCCAGAUGAAGAUCCAACUCACUUUAACUUUGUAUAAAUACUAAUGUUAUUAUUACUAAUGUUCUUAAAAUUAUUAUUCUAUUCUAGUCAAAGAUUUGAGGCCUUAAGGCCAAAGUAAAGUCAAAUUGUUACGCGAGCGUGAGGGUCCAUGUACAGUGCGCAGCCAGAUACGUACAUUGUAUGCGUAUUGCAUAUGCGCCUACAGGAAAAUGUAGUAUGUAGCUCUGGAGAUGCAUUGCAUUUUGUUGCAAUGCGCAUGCGUCGAACGUCUAUAUACACGUACGAGUCAAAUAAACUAUACUGUGCAAGGCUGUGUGUUCGUACUGUGCACAUACAAUAAUUUACAUGUAAAAACAGACUAUACUCUGGGCUAUAGACACUUCACUGUUUAAGCUGGAACUCAUGUAUCCCUUUAAAUAAGCAUGUGUGCCUUAAAUUGUUAUCGUCAUAGAAUAGAAUAGAAAAGUAGCAAAUACUGCUGUACAGAUGACUGUCAUUAUGGCCGACAGACUGAUUUUUUGAAGGAAGGAUAGCUUUUAACAGUAUGCUGUUAGUAAAGCUAUGAACUCGCAACUUUAACUGUUGAACUAAAUGCAAUUUUUUUUUCUGACUUUGCUGCCUCUAGACGCAGCUUUCUUAAAGGGACACUCCACCAUUUUUGAAAAUAGGUUCAUUUUCCAGCUCCCCUAGAGUUAAACAUUUGAUUUUUACCAUUUUGGAAUCCAUUCAGCCAAUCUCUGGGUCUAGCGGUACCACUUUUAGCAUAGCGUAGCAUAAUCCAUUCAAUCUGAUUAGACCAUUAGCAUCCCGCUCAAAAAUAACCAAAGAGUUUUAAAAAAAUUUUCUAUUUAAAACUGACUCUUCUGUAGUUACAUCGUGUACUAAGACAGACAGAAAAUUAAAAGUUGGGAUUUUCUAGGAUGAUAUAUAUGGCUAGGAACUAAACUCUCAUUCCGGCAUAAUAAUCUAGGACUUUGCUGUCGUAACAUGGCUGCAGCAGGCGCAGUGAUAUUACGCAGCGCCUGAAAGUAGUCCCCUUGGUAAAUUUCAAUAGCAGGGGACUAUUUUCGGGCACUGCGUAAUAUCAUCCAUGUUAUGGCAGCAAUCUUGAUUAUUACGCCAGAUUGAGAGUAUAGUUCCUAGCCAUAUCGGCCUAGAAAAUGGCAACUUUUCAUUUUCCGUUGGUCUUAGUACACAAUGUAACUACAGAAGCGUCAAGUUUUAAACAGGAAAAAUAUCGAAAGACAUUUUUGAGCGUGAUGCUAAUGGUCUAAUCAGAUUUAAUGGAUUGUGCUAAGCUAUGCUAAAAGUGGUACCGCCAGACCCAGAGAUCAGCUGAAUGUAUUCCAAAACGGUAAAACUAAAUUGCUUAACUCUAGGAGAACUAGAAAAUAAGCCUAUUUUCAAAAAAAGUGUAGUGUCCCUUUUAAGUCAUUUUUGAAAAGCCACAGUUUUAUGUAAUCAUGCUUACUGUUAUUCUAUAGCAGAACAGAGAAACAUUUAAAUAUUUAAUAUAAUUUUAUGUGCUUUUCAGACCUACACGUCAAAAAAAAAAAACUAAAGUUCUUUAACCUCUCCCUACGAGGGCUCUUUUUACAGAGAGGACAUUCAACAUAGUGUUAAUCUAAAUGUAUAGAUAAUGAUUUAUUGAACAAUUGUGAUUGUUUAUUUUAUUUUUAACAGGGUUUUUUAUGCAAUACAAUAAUAUGGGUUUUGUUUUUGCUGUCUGUAAUUGUGCAUCCUCAGGAAUAUGUUCAGAUGCUGAAAUCUGGUUAAAAGCUAACGAGCAAACAUUGUACUUUAUUAACACUGUGUUUUAGCAAAUGAUUUCCCCUAUCCUACUGUAAUUAUUUGUUACUUUUUCCUAUGAAGCAAUCACAUCACUACAUUAUUCAUGUUGCAAUAUGCAAAAAUGUGACUAUGCAAAUGUAUGUUAAACUUCAUUAAAACACAGAAUGUGUUUACUGAC